AAAGUCAUGAAACUUGAAUGAUUUAGAAUAUACAGUAUCCAUAUCUCAUCAAGUGCAAUGAAAUGACUUUAUCAGUGGUGACGCCUCCUCUGAAUGAUAUAAAAGACAACAGUCUUGCCUGUACUUCUUAGAUUAAUUUGUGUGGAUUUACUCAAACAGAACUUCAACACCUUCAGUGAUUACAGACUUAAAACUCUGUCAUGUUGUUGUUGUUCUUCCUGUUUGGUCUGGCUCUGGGUGCUGAGUCUCCACCUGCUGAUCAGGAGGUGAAGCUUCUGCGUGGCGGCUGUCCCGUGUUCUGGUACAGCUUCAACGGCCGCUGCUACAAAUAUGUUGCCACCUUGAUGACCUGGGCUGAUGCAGAGCUCCACUGUGUGUCACAAGGAGCCAAUCUGGUGUCCAUCCACAGUCAGAAGGAAGAGGAUUUUGUCAAAUUGCUGAUCAAAAACUUUGAUCCUGCUCAGGGAGUUAACUGGAUUGGACUCACUGAUGCUCAGCAGGAAGGAGCAUGGUUCUGGUCUGAUGGGUCCAAAGUCAACUUCAAGUUUUGGAACAAGGGACAGCCAAACAACUAUGGUGGACACGAGAAGUGUGGACACACCAACUGGGACACAUCUAAGGGAUGGAACGAUGCAAAAUGUUCAGAUAGAUCCUCUUUUGUUUGUGCAUCUCGUACAGCUUGUGCAUAACUGCAGAGAAAGUUAUUCUGACUCCACUCUGACUUUCUAUGUGCUGAUUUGAACCUGUGAAAUAAUAUGUAAAAACGUGCAACUUUAUGUUAUGUGCAGAAAUCUUUUAUA